UUGUCCCCGCCCCCCUGGCAGAUCUGCUGUGGACAUGAGAUGACAGAGCGACUUCCGAGCAACCACAAACUUGGCAAGACUCAACCCCGUCAAAUAUCUCCAUCAGACGGAACUACGGUCGGCGGGAUUUAAGCCUCUUGGUCAGGCCGCGGACGCCCCGGGAGCAGCGCCAAGGUUGACAUGGCUCCCUUGUUCACUGAGCUACCCUCCUAGGCAUCCUCAUCGAGCGACAACCCUGGAAUCCUAAGUUGUGUGCGACAUGACAAGCAGCUAUCUGAACGGACACGGAGGAGGAGAUGAAGAGCUGAGGUUAGGACACCAGCACAGAGAAAUGGCUGUGGACUGUCCGGGAGAUCUGGGGAGCCGAACACUGCCGGUCCGACGCUCCGCACAACUGGAGAGAAUACGACAACACCAGGAGGACCUCCGUCGGCGAAGAGAGGAGGAAGGUCGGCAGCUGGAUCUGAACGCCUCCCUAAGGCUCAAGAAGCUCUCCCAGAAUCCCCACAGCGGCAUUGACAACCCCACAUUCCUGGAGGAUACGUACACACCUGCACAGCAGCCGGCACUCAGCAACCAGCACGCUUUGCUCGAGUUGGAGGAGCUGCUGCUGUCACUGAAGCAGGUCCGGGGCACUUUGUCCGACCAACAGAGUCAGAAUGACAUAGAGCUGGUUCUUGCGCUGCUAAACAAGUCUGAUUUCCAGUCUGCACUUAAGAUCCAUAAUGCUGUGGCCGGCAGCAUGCACCGACCCUCCCCUCCAUACCCCCACACAAACCAGGCACUGCACUUGGCACUGGAGGUCAGAAAUCUCAGUCAAGCAAGUCAAAACAAAGAAGGAUUAGAACUUUCCAGUCUGCUCUCAGACCCCCACAUGCAGUCUUUGCUUCUGGCACAUGACGGCAUAGCAAAGAGAGAAAUGGAACCGGAAGCACCAAGCAGCCAAACAGAGACUUUGGCGCAGUGGGGUGGAGAGACUGUCAAGAUUGUCCAGCUGGAGAAGGCCCGAGACAUACCAUUGGGGGCAACAGUCCGCAAUGAGAUGGAGAGUGUGAUCAUCAGUCGGAUUGUUCGAGGUGGAGCAGCCGAGCGCAGUGGACUUUUGGCAGAAGGAGAUGAAAUAUUGGAAAUCAACGGCAUUGAGAUCAGAGGGAAAGAUGUUAACCAAGUCUUUGACAUUCUUGCGGACAUGCACGGCCUUCUGACCUUUGUACUCAUUCCCAGCACUCUAAGCAAACCUCCAGCCCUCAAAGAGACUGUGGUUCACGUAAAAGCCCACUUUGACUAUGACCCAUCAGAUGACCCGUACGUGCCAUGCAGAGAGCUGGGCUUGUCCUUCCAGAAAGGAGACAUUCUUCACAUCAUCAGCCAGGCAGACCCCAACUGGUGGCAGGCCUACAGGGACGGUGAUGAGGACAACCAGCCACUGGCCGGAUUAGUACCAGGGAAGAAUUUUCAGCAACAGAGAGAAGCCAUGAAACAGACGAUAGAAGAAGACAAGGAACCUGAGAAGUCUGGAAAGUUGUGGUGUGCCAAGAAGAACAAGAGGAAGAGGAAGAAGCUGCUUCACAACAACAAACAUGAGGGUACUUUGUCUGCAUGCGCUGCAGGAGUCACUUCAAUCUUUUCAACAUUGUUUAUUCCUCUAGACAUCAAUGAAGAAAUCCUGACCUACGAGGAGAUGGCUCUGUACCACCAGCCCGCCAACAGGAAGCGGCCCAUCGCACUGAUUGGCCCGAGCAGCUGUGGGCAGGCGGAGCUUAGGCAGAGACUGCUGAACAACCAGCCGGAGCGCUUUGCUGGAGCUGUACCCCACACAACCCGCAGCCGACGGGAGGGCGAGCUCGGCGCUCGAGAUUAUCAUUUUGUUUCUCGCCAGAUGUUUGACGCAGAACUGGCAGCCGGGAAGCUGAUUGAGUGUGGAGAGUUUGAGAAGAAUCUUUACGGGAGCAGCACUGACUCUGUCAGGCAGGUCAUCAACACUGGCAAGAUCUGUGUGCUCUGUCUGCACACUCAGGGCCUAAAGGUGCUCAGGAGUUCAGACCUCAAACCUUACAUCAUCUUCAUCGCGCCGCCAUCCCAGGAAAGACUGCGAGCCCUGCUGGCCAAAGACAACAAGAACCCCAAGCCGGAGGAGCUGCGAGACAUCAUUGAGAAAGCGCGGGAGAUGGAGCAGAGCUGUGGUCACCUGUUCGAUGCCAUCAUCGUCAACAUGGACCAGGACAAAGCCUACGCUGAGCUGCAGAGACUCAUCAACAAGCUGGACACAGAACCUCAGUGGGUGCCAUGCUCCUGGCUGCGCUGACACACACACACACACACACACACACACACACACACACACACAUGCUUGCACGCCACAGCCCUACACUUGGAAAGUAACCACCUCACAGCAGACAUUGUCCAGGGACCUGACCUGCUCACUGCUCCUCAUAUGGAUGCUACUUGUCUCAAGAAGGCUAGAAAUACUAGAACACACACACGCACACACACACACACACACACACACACAGUGGGCCUACUUGGUGUGGCUCUGACAUGAAACACUUGGCUGGACAUGUCACCUGUCCUCACUUCCUGAGUGAAUGUUGACAGCACUUCCACUUUCACCCAGCAUGAUUUCAAGUCGGCCAUGUCCCUUCAGCACCAUGACAGCAACUGACUUCUUCUUCUUCUCACUCCCAACAUUCUUCUGCUCUCAGAAGUAGCACCCAAAAGCUGAGCCCACCAUAUUGCUUUUCUCACAUUUGAAGAGAUGUUUAUUUUAAAAUGUGUUGAAUUCAUCCUGUCAUCAUUUCAGGCAUCAUGACCAGGGGUGUCCAAACUACUCCAACUUCAUUUAAAUGAUCUGAAUAUUUCAUUGCUGCAAGUUACUUGAGUAAUUCAGGUUAAUGACCAUGAAUUGUACUUUGAAGUAUACUCAGCACAGCCCUUUUUUAUAUUCAAGCCAAUCCACACAACGUUUCCUGCUCACUGUGAAAAUAAACUAACCCAAGAAAACUCAUGAUCACACACAACACAACCAAUGUCCCAUCACAACACUACAGCCAUUUAAGUGCAUUACAAUGCAUGAUGGGAAAAUGUAAAACAUGAAUCCAUGUUGCUGCAUUUUAGAUGCUUGCUAUUUCUCAGUCAUGGCACAACUUUAGGGGUCCUCACAAGGUAGGAGGCCAGCCUUCACAUACUCUUAAUAUACAAUUAUAUUCAUUUCAUAUCCACUAUAUGAAUAUAUAUAUAUAUAUAUAUAUAUGUAUAUAUAUAUAUAUAUAUAUAUAUAUAUAUAUAUAUAUAUAUAUAUAUAUAUAUAUAUAUGCUUUUAGCCUCUGGACAAAUUUUUCUUAUCCCAAUGCAGCUCCCAAGUCAAAAAGUUUGGACACCCCUGAUAAAGAUUAUUAUUACUGUGAAAUUAUUUUUUACCUUGUGAAGUAUGAAGAGAUCUUGUUAUUUUCAAUGUCUUUCUUCUGUUUUUUAAUAACCAAGUAGUGGCUGUGAUGUUGAGCAGGCGUAUGGAUGAAGCCUGCUGUGGUGCACACACUGCUGUGGUGCACACACCGCUGUGGUGCACACACCGCUGUGGUGCACACACCGCUGUGGUGCACACACCGCUGUGGUGCACACACCGCUGUGGUGCACACACCGCUGUGGUGCACACACGGGCGAGAUGACAACAGGGCCCAUGUUGUGCUGUGUGACUGCUCUAUGUCCUGCCUGAGGUGUGUGCAGGGGAAGAACACAAAGUAUUUAGUUGUGUUGUUGGUGGACAUGUAAUAAUAUAUUGUGUAGGUGACAAUGAAGUAUUACCACAUGAAGUAGAUCACAUUUAUAUAUUUGUAAUAAUGACACAUAGAUAUAUGAAGUCCAGUGGGAUUAUACCUUUCACCGCCCUCGCUUCAUACCAUUGGUCCAGGAGGCGGGGUGGGGGCGGGGCUAACUGUGUUGAAUGUAAAGUUAAUUAAUACCACUUCCUGUCAAUUUGCAUCCAAGUCGAAAUGUUGCCUUUUCUUUUAUUCACAAUAAAAAGAACAAAUAAUUGAUUUAAAAA